CCGCACGUGGUACCGCCCGUUGUCACCUCUAAAUUUACAAUUAAAAAACAGCUGUCUGAAUUUUUCCUUUAGGCAACUCGAAGCUUCUCCGAUUGACCCUCCCUAGUCCUUUCUCUACCCAAAAAAAGAAAAAAAGACCUCCCAAAAUGGACGCAAACGCACCCUCCGCAUCGGCGUCCGGCGGUGGUGGAGGCGGAGGAGGGCCUGCACCUUUCCUUCUUAAGACAUACGAGAUGGUGGACGACUCUGCUACCGACGAUAUCGUGUCAUGGAACUCCAACAAAAAGAGUUUUGUGGUUUGGAACCCUCCUGAAUUUGCCCGCCUUUUGCUUCCCACCUAUUUCAAGCACAACAACUUCUCCAGCUUCAUCAGGCAGCUUAAUACCUAUGGGUUCCGUAAGAUUGAUCCUGAAAGGUGGGAAUUUGCCAAUGAAGAGUUUGUGAAAGAUCAAAAGCAUCUUCUUAAGAAUAUCCACCGUAGAAAACCUAUUCAUAGCCACAGUAAUCCUCAUGGUUCUUUGAUAGAUCCAGAAAGAGCUGGAUUUGAAGAAGAAAUAGACAAGCUUUCACGUGAGAAAGCUGCACUUGAGGCUAAUGUAUUGAGGUUUAGACAAGAGCGAUCAGCUGCAAAGCAUCAGAUAGAAGAGCUGACACUGCGAGCUAAUCAAAUGGAGCGGAGGCAGGAGACUUUGUUUAACUUCUUACAAAAGGCUGCUCAAGACCCUUCUUUUGUUGAACAUCUUGUUCGUAAGAUUGAAUCUAUGGAUGUUUUAGCAUAUAAUAAGAAAAGACGACUGCCUCAAAUUGAUCAAACCAAGCCAGUUGGAGAAGAUAGUCCUCUGGACAACAAAAGUAGUUCUGCAUCUGAGUGUGGAAAUAUUUUCCACCAAGAUUUCUCAAACAAGCUAAGACUAGAAUUGUCACCAGCUGUUUCAGAUAUUCACUUGGUUUCUCAAAGCACACAAAGUUCUAAUGAAGAUGGAGCAAGUCCACAGAGAAGGAUAUCUGAAGGAGAACCAAAGGAUGCUUAUACCAGACCAGAGGGCCUUUUAUUCACACCUGAAACAUUAGACAUUUCAGAUACGGGCACAUCUUUUACAUUCAAAAUGGAUUCAUCCUUCACUCAAAGAGCAUCAAUGAAUGAAGGCCCAACAGUGCAUUCCCUGCAACAGAGAUUAAAUUCCAAUGAAGAACCUGAUAGCCAUAUUUCCUGUCAAUUAAAUCUAACACUGGCAUCUUCUUCAUUGCAAGUCAAUAAAAGUCCUAGCUUAACUAGGAUGUCCCAACUAGGUCAGGAAAUUGGAAAAGACUUUGAGUCAAGGUCUAAUGCCAACACUAAAGAAGGCCCUAAUACAAAUCAAGAGCCUGCAGCUCCUCCAGUUAGAGUGAAUGAUGUAUUUUGGGAACAGUUCCUCACUGAAAGACCAGGUUCCUCUGACAAUGAAGAGGCCAGUUCCAAUUAUCGAGCAAACCCAUACGAAGAGCAAGAAGACAAAAGAUCGGGCCAUGGACCAGCAAGGAAUGCUAAGAACAUGGAGCAGCUUAGUCUUUGAGCAGCAAAGUUGCCAACUUUUCACAAAUCCAGUGUCAAGUCUACAAAGGUCUCUCUUAUUCCUUUUAUUGUACUGUGAUAUUAAUAGUUAACACAUAUAUAGGAUAUGAUAGUAUAUGUAACUGACUAAAAUUGGUUUGAAUAAAAUGAUGUUGAAUUC